AUGGAGGAGAAUACUAUAGAAAUUGGUUCAAUCCAUAAACCAAGAUCAGAAGCUGACGCUUAUGUUGAGAUAACUAGUUCAAGUAAGAAAAUGGAUCCUAAUGAGAUUGAUCCUGAAGAGAGCGGGACCUCUGCUAAUAAAAGCCAGAUAAAACAAAUAUUAGGCAUGGAUAACUCAUUAGGACUUGGUCUUGAAGCUCUUAGAGUCCAACUUGCUGAAGAGCAUUUUAUGGAUUGAGAUACAGAGAAAGAUGCCCAAAUUGAAUUCUGAUCUCCUUCUACCCUCAAAAUCGACACUGAUGAGAAUAAAGAGUCUAUUAUUGGAGGUGAUAAAGGCGGUUCUUCAAUUGUGCGGAAAAAUCAAAAUGCUCAGAAAUUUGAGUCUGAGAGUGCAUUAAUGCCCAGAAAGCUUGACUUGAAGAUUCAUACUAAUAUCAAUGAUAACUUUGAGAUUCUUUCAUCUCAGAAUUCUUCAAUUAUUUCCAGAGUAGUUGAAGGAGGUGAUAAUGUUGAGAAUAUUAAUCAACAAAAUGUUCAGCAUAACUUAUUAGAGGCAACAGGUGAGACUUGAGUCAUAUUCUGAGAUAUUAAAGAACAGACUGAAGAUUCAGAGAGUAUUGCAAACAAUGAAGAGUAUUUCGAAAAAGCUGAUUUUGGCAAGACUGUUAGCUCUAAUUAUCCUGAAGAAGUUUCUGAAGAACCAACAAUGAUUAUUCAUAAAUAACAUACCUUCGGCUGACAAUAUGAUAAACUUUGGUCAAGAUUCUAAACAAAGCGAGGAAUCAGAAAAAUCUGUUAAAGAAUUCAAAAGGAAAAGCAGUGUUUCUAUAAUAAAUGAUCCUUGCUUAAAAGCAGAGAAUUUUAGAAGAGUUGAGUUAACUUCAUCAUUUAAAAGACUGCCUAAGAUUCCACAUAAAUCUGGUCCUUACCAACAGUGCGAAAUUGAGCUUGUAGAAAGCCAUAGUCAGAGCAAUAGUGGACAGAAAUCCAUCAGUAUUUUCAAAAGAAACAAGACACAGAAAUCUUCUUCAGGUAGUAGCGGAAAUAGUGGAGAGAAGAAGAAUGUAGCCAAGAAUACAGUGAAUAAUCUCAAUAGGAGUGAUAUGAUGACCACUCCAAAAGAAAGAGACAUUGCUCCAAAAGCUUUCAAAAGAUCCAAGAAAGAAAUAGCAGAAAGUAAUGCCAGCAAUAGCCAAAAUAAAAGAGGUGAUUUGUUGAAGUACAAAUAAAGAGAAUAAUAAGUUGCAAAGAGAAAUUGAUAAGCUGAAGAAAGCUCAUGUAGAAGAGAUUAAGAGAAUUAGCAAAGAUUUUGAAGAUAGACUAGCCAAUACUAUCAAUGAGAAAGAAAAGGAAUAUGCUCUUAUUUUAGAAGCACAGAUCGUUGAAAAGGAAGAACAGAUUUUAGACACUGAGAGUAGAUUGCAUAGAGAGUAUAUUGACAAGAUUGCUCAGUACCAGGAACUUAUCAAAGAAUUGAAGAAAGAAAAUCAAGAUUUGUAUGAAGAAAAUAGUCUUAAACAAGAAAAACUUGAUGAAAAUGUUUCUACCAUAAAGGAUCUGAAAGAUGUAGUUGAGUCUCAACAGUUGAAAAUUGAGCAUUUACAGUAUUCCAAAGACGCUCCAUCCCAUUAUUACAACAACAAGCAAGGCGCCUUUAAUUCAGAGAACACUCCUCAAGGCUUGAAGAGACCAAGUAGUGUUUCAGGUUCGUAUGCAAGAACUAUUUCGAGUGGAAAUAAAGAGAAUAUGACAGAGAGCUCUCAAGACAAAAAACGCCCCAUUGAUAACUUAAAGGGAUAUUGGGAUAAGAUGAAAUCUAGAAGAAGUUCUAAGACCAGAAACAGUAGGUACUUAAACAAUGUACAGAGUAUUCACUCCCAAAGUUACUCAAAUCUCAAUGAUGGAAAUUAUAACACAAUGAAGAGGUCAAACACUGCUUAUAAUGGGUCACAAGCAAGCUCUUUGCUGUCGAAGGAAGACCGUAAGCCUAGCUAUAGGAAUAAUUUAAUUCCGAUGAAUUAUAAGUCUUCCAGUAGAAAUGACAAUAUUUCUCUCUCAUCAAGAUUUGCAAUGCAAUUGAAAGACAAAAAUGAAGACCAUGAAAUUGGAAAUCUCGAAAUCUGCUCAGAUGGUGGCUCUGUUGAUUCAGAUUUGAGAUCGAAGCUCUCAAGUCUUGAGAAAAACACCUGUAAAAAGAAGAAUAAGCUAAUUACAGAUGUUUAUAAUACAAUCGAAUGAUUUGACUCUACUUACAAGAAAGGUCUUACAGAUGAAAAAUUUGGAAUGGGAGGCCAUACGUAUGACAAUGAAGUAGAAUGGAACGAAGAAGCUAAUGAUACAUUUGAAGAUGAUUCUGCAGACAUUGAUGAUUCGAUGCUUCUAGAUGAAGUAGCAGUAAGUCGAAGAGAAAUCAACUCCAGCUUUAUAAAUAUCAAAAGAAACCAGCCUAUGGAAUAUAAACUUAAAAAGUUCUAA